CUCUUCUUCUUCUUCUUCUUCUUCUCUACUCUCUCUUUUAGGUCUUCUUGUUUUCGUAGCCGAACUUUAAAAACCUUGCUGAGGAGCCUCUCUCUCACUCGUCUUGAGAUCUAACCCUAGCUUCUCUCCUCUUCGCUGUCUAUUAAAAUGUCGGAAGAACCUGAGUAUAGAUGCUUUAUUGGUGGCCUUGCCUGGGCUACAACUGAUAGGAGUCUAACAGAUGCUUUUGACAAGUAUGGGAAGCUUGUUGAAGCCAAGGUGGUUGUUGAUAAGUUCACUGGGCGCUCUCGUGGAUUUGGGUUUGUCACCUUUGAUGAUAAAAAAGCUAUGGAAGAGGCAAUUGAGGACAUGAAUGGAAGGGAUUUAGAUGGACGAACUAUCACUGUUGAUAAAGCUCAGCCUCACCAGGGUUCGGGAAGAGAUUAUGAUGGUGACCGCGGUCGUGAUCGUGGCGGCCGUGAUCGUGACCGUGGUCGUGAUUAUGGAGGUGGUGGACGUGGAUCUGGGGGCGGAGGAGAUUGCUUUAAGUGUGGGAAGCCUGGACAUUUUGCAAGGGAGUGUCCUAGUGAAGUUUCAAGAGGAGGUGGCGGCAGGUAUGGUGAUAGGGAUGAUAAGUAUGGUGGAGGAGGUGGUGGUGGGGGUGGUGGUAGCCGCUACAGUGGUGGACCUGAUAGAAAUGGUGACCGAUACAGUGGGCGCAGCAGGGACUCUGGUUCUGGUGCUCGUUCAAGCUCUGGAAGCGAUCGUUUUAGUCGUGACCGCUCUGGUCCAUAUGAGCGUCGGGGAACAGGAGGCUUCCGCUCUGGUUAGAAUCAUUGCUUUGGACAGUGCUUACUAAUGGAAGGAGCUCCUCAACUUACUUUCACCGUCUGCACUGCUUUGAAGUUUCUUCUGGAUAUGUUCUGAUGAUGUUUGAGUGGACUAAUGUUGUUAGACCAGAAUUAUGAAAGUGCGAAUGUUGCAAAGAUAUUCUCCUGUUUUUUGUUGCUAUAUGCUCGACGGAAUGUUUUGAUCCGACGGAAUUUUAUGCUUACUUGAUUAUCACAUUUGAAUUUGGCCUUAUA